AUGCUCCAAUGCAAAAUUGUUCGUGGACCUUACUGCUCAAUUUGUACAAAUCCAUCGAUAAACGAAUUAUGUAUUAAUGAAUGUUUAGAAUGUGAAUAUAACAAAGAAUAUACUAAUAAUUUAAUUAAAAUUAAUGAGGCCAAUCCAGCUGAAGAAUUUGAAGGUUUGGAGGAAAUAAAUGGAGAAUCGAGUGAUUAUGAUAAAAGUAAAAUAAAUUUUUUUGAGAAAAUUUUUGCCGACGAUGAUGAGAAUAAUUUUUGGGGACGUUGGAUAAUGAAGUUUUUUUAGU